AUGGCUAAUCAAAGUGGAUCAAUUGAACCGAAUAUCGUUGAAAGUCCAAUUACAAUUGAAAUGAAAAAUAAUGAUAGCAAAGAACAAUGUAUCGAUCCACUACUAGAACAAACAGUUGAAGUGUCUCCAUCAAUCUUACAGCGUUUUGAAGGAAUACUUUAUGCAUUGUUGGCAGCAUUUCUUUUCACAACUACAGUAUUUAUAACAAAACAAUUAAAAGUCGAAUUAAUUGAUGCAGUAGUGCUCCGUUUUCUGCUUCAAACUCUUAUGUUGAUUAUCUAUAUAAAAUUAAGAAAAAAUUAUUCACUAUUUAAACAAUCGACAAGGCGUGAAACAUCUUUUCUAUUGAUCAAUGCAAUUUCUGCUACAGCUGGUUUUUUUGCUUUUUUUCUUGGUUCUCAUUAUUUACCAUUACCAGAUUUAACAACGAUACGUUACACACAAAUCAUUUGGACAACAAUUAUAGCAGCAAUUAUAUAUUGUGAAAAACCAUCUAUACCAAUAAUAUUAGCAGUUUUAUUAACAACUGUUGGCGUCGUAUUUGUAGCGCAACCAAAGUUUCUAUUUGAAAAAAUAUCUAAUACAAGCAAAAACGAAAUUGCAAAAGAUCAUCAUCAACAUUUAGUAGGUUUAUUUAUUGCAUUAUUUUCUUCUAUAGCCAUGUCCAUAACUUUAUUAUCAAAUAAAUAUUUACUAUUAAAAUAUAAAACAAAACAUAGCAUAAUUGUGUGUCAAUUUACAUUUCUAUCGUUUUGCGCAGUAGCUAUUCGUUUAUUUUAUAAAUAUUAUUUUCUUACCGACAGAAUUCAAUGUUUAAAACGAGAUUUUAUUAAUUGGAGAUAUCUCUGUGCUUCAUUAGUUUGCUUAUUACAAAUCAUUGCAUCAAUAUUAAUACAAAAAGCAGUGAAACGUGAACAUCCAUCGAUAUUUACAAUUGUCCAAUCCAGUGAUAUUUUAUUUUCUAUUCUAUUACAAAAUAUUUUUUCAUCGAUGAAAUCAAAUCUUUUAUCUAUAGUUGGAUCGAUUCUGGUUCUGGCAAGUAUAUUAAUUAUCAGUGGAUAUAAACUUAUUACUGAAAUAAAAGACAAAAAAAAUUCAGUUCCAACAAUAACGAUUGAGUAG